CCCACACUCACCGCUGUCAGCCUCUGUCUCGUCACAAUGCAAGGAUUCAAUAAGUAUUAUCCUCCGGACUAUGACGGUGAAAAACACAAGUCCUUGAAUGCCUACAGGGGCAAACACGCGUUGGGGGAUAGGGCGCGGAAACUGGACAAAGGGAUCUUGAUAACGCGCUUCGAACUACCGUUCAACAUUUGGUGCGGAACAUGCAACAACCACAUUGGUAUGGGCGUUCGUUACAACGCUGAGAAGAAGAAAGUGGGAAUGUACUAUUCCACCCCUAUCUACUCUUUCCGUUGCAAAUGUCAUCUAUGCGAUGGAUGGUUUGAGAUACAGACAGACCCAAAGAACACUCGUUACGUUGUGAUUUCCGGUGCCAGACAGAAAGACGAGGAAUGGAACCCGGAAGAGAACGGCGGAUUCGCUAUACACGACACUGAGAAUAACUCUGCAACGACGGACCCGCUCACUGCACUCGAAAAGUCAACUGAUGCACAAAAGCACCUUACAAACGUACAGAUACCCAGACUGGAGUCGCUUCAGAAUUUGUCGGAUCACUAUAACGACGAUCCCUAUACACGUUCGGCCGCCGUGCGUAAACGCUUUCGUGCGGAGAAGAAGGUGGAAGCUGCGAAACGCGCAGACGACGACCGAAUUAAGGGCCGUUAUGGUUUACCUGAAACCCUAAAACUUCUGGAAGAUAGCGAUGAAGCAAGAAACGAAGCACGAGAAGAAUGGGAGAGGGGUAGAAGGCAGCUGGAAGCGCAAUCCAAUAUCAGAAAGGCUAGGUUGUCCAGUUCUGCAGGUCCUAAUCCCGGCGCAUCGUUACGGGAAAGGGUACUAGGGAGUAUGUACAGUUCCAAGUCAGUCGAGAAGAGGGCGCGCAAACUAGGAUUGAGGUAGCCACAUUUGUAGCAUGUUUUACCGUUCCAUCAGUCAUCGACCAUCGACCACCUUCGAUUAGAUUUAAUG